GUGAAAGAGAGAGAGCGACAGGCUAGUGAUCCUCUGUCCGAAUCCCAUUUCCAAUAUAUAGUUUUACCUACCUGAUCGAGUCGCGUGUGUACGGGCACCAUGCGCGCUUUUCAAGAGCGAUAAAACUAUAUCACCUUUUCACCUCUUUUGGUAUGUGAAGAAUGUACAGUAUUCAGAUGUGUUCUUUGGAAUAACAGUAUUUCCAGUAAAUAGCUCGCUUUGUUUUUCAACUCAACAAGCUACACAGAGUAGUCAGCUGUAGAUUUUGCAGCGGGUUGUAGGCUACGUGCGUUCUGGACUGUUGAAUACCGUGGAUCAGCGGACGGGCAAGCACCUCGGGUUGUUUAUAACGUUUGACAUUCCCACCGUAGGCUCCGAGGAAAGUAGCCUAGGUUGGAAACGGGGAAACCCGGGCAAGGCGGGGCCGAACCGGAGACAGCCAAAGGGAUUAUUGAAGAACUCACGUUGCCUUGAAGCUUCGCCCUGUAGCCGAACCACUCGCAGAGUCGCAUCGUUUUGGGGACGGAUUUGGGGGGAAUUAUUUCCCCAGCCCCGUUGGACCAUGGCGGACGACGACGUACUGUUUGAAGAUGUCUACGAGCUGUGUGAGGUCAUUGGAAAGGGUCCGUUCAGUGUGGUACGAAGAUGUAUCAGCAGGGACGCAGGACAGCAGUUUGCUGUGAAGAUCGUAGACGUGGCCCAGUUUACCUCCAGCCCUGGUCUCAGCACAGAGGAUCUGAAGAGAGAAGCCAGUAUCUGCCACAUGCUGAAGCACCCUCACAUCGUAGAGCUAGUGGAGACAUACAGCUCUGACGGCAUGCUCUACAUGGUCUUCGAGUUUAUGGAUGGUGCAGACCUGUGUUUUGAGAUUGUGAAGAGGGCAGACGCUGGCUUCGUCUACAGUGAGGCGGUGGCCAGUCACUACAUGAGACAGAUCUUAGAGGCACUGCGAUAUUGUCAUGACAACAACGUCAUCCAUCGAGACGUGAAGCCCCACUGUGUCCUCCUGGCAUCUAAAGAAAACAGUGCUCCAGUGAAGCUGGGAGGGUUUGGCGUGGCCAUCCAACUGGGAGAGUCAGGACUGGUGGCUGGAGGUCGUGUAGGCACGCCCCAUUUCAUGGCCCCAGAGGUGGUGAAGAGGGAACCGUAUGGUAAGCCUGUAGAUGUGUGGGGCUGUGGAGUCAUCCUGUUCAUCCUGCUGUCUGGCUGCCUGCCGUUCUACGGUACCAAGGAACGCCUGUUCGAAGCCAUCUGCAGGGGAAAAUACAAGGUACUGAACCCCAGGCAUUGGGGACAUAUCUCAGAGAGUGCUAAGGACCUGGUGAGACGGAUGCUCAUGCUCGACCCUGCAGAGAGAAUCACUGUCUACGAGGCACUCAACCACCCCUGGCUCAAGGAGAGAGACCGUUAUGCCUAUAAGAUCCACCUGCUAGAGACGGUGGAACAGCUGAGGAAGUUCAACGCCAGGAGGAAGCUCAAGGGAGCCGUACUGGCAGCAGUCUCCAGUCACAAGUUUAACUCAUUUUAUGGAGACCCACCAGAGGAGAUGCCUGACUUCUCUGAAGACCCCACAUCCUCAGGGGCUGUGUCUCAGGUGCUGGACAGCCUGGAGGAGAUCCAUGCGUUGACAGACUGCAGUGAGAAAGAUAUAGACUUCCUACACAGUGUCUUUCAAGACGAGCAUCUACACACACUACUAGACCUUUACGACAAAAUCAACACAAAGUCAUCGCCCCAGAUCAGAAACCCCCCCAGCAAUACUGUACAGAGGGCCAAGGAGGUACUGGAAGAGAUCUCUUAUUACCCAGACAACCACGACGCCAAGGAGCUCAGACGGAUACUGACCCAGCCGCACUUUAUGGCAUUGCUCCAGACCCAUGAUGUGGUGGCCCAUGAGGUGUACAGUGAUGAGGCUUUGAGGGUGACCCCCCCGCCCACCUCGCCCUACCUGAACGGAGAAUCUCCCGAGAACACCAACGGAGACAUGGACCUGGAGAACGUGACGAGAGUACGCCUGGUUCAGUUCCAGAAGAACACUGAUGAACCUAUGGGCAUCACGCUGAAGAUGAACAAUCUGAACCACUGUAUCGUAGCCAGGAUAAUGCACGGAGGAAUGAUCCACAGACAAGGAACGCUGCAUGUAGGAGAUGAGAUCAGAGAGAUCAACAGCAUCAGUGUAGCCAACCAGACAGUAGAGCAACUACAGAGGAUGCUGAAAGAGAUGCGAGGCAGCAUCACCUUUAAGAUAGUGCCAAGCUACCGGACACAAGGAUCCUCCUGUGAGACAGAGUCCCCCUCCAACUCCAGGCAAUCCCCUGCCAAUGGCACUGGCCACUCCAGUGUUAACAGUUUCAUCUUGGAUCUGCCGUCAUCCGUCCAACCCAAGAGUCGACAGAUCUACGUGAGGGCCCAGUUUGAGUAUGACCCCUCCAGAGAUGACCUCAUACCCUGCAAGGAGGCUGGGAUUCCCUUCCGGGUUGGUGACAUCGUCCAGAUCAUCAGUAAAGAUGACCACAACUGGUGGCAGGGCAAGCUGGAGAACACUAAGAACGCCACCGCAGGGCUCAUACCCUCACCAGAACUACAGGAGUGGCGUGUGGCGUGUAUAGCCAUGGAGAAGACCAAGCAGGAGCAGCAGGCCAGCUGUACCUGGUUUGGCAAGAAAAAGAAACAGUACAAGGACAAGUACCUGGCCAAGCACAACGCAGUAUUCGACCAAUUAGAUCUUGUCACGUAUGAAGAGGUAGUGAAACUGCCUGCGUUCAAGAGGAAAACACUAGUCUUGUUAGGGGCCCAUGGAGUGGGCAGAAGACACAUCAAGAACACACUAAUCACAAAACACCCUGACAGAUUUGCCUACCCAAUCCCACAUACAACCAGACUUCCUAAGAAGGAUGAGGAAAACGGGAAGAACUACUACUUUGUGUCACAUGACCAGAUGAUGCAGGACAUCAGUAACAAUGACUACCUGGAGUACGGUAGUCACGAGGACGCCAUGUACGGCACGCGGCUAGAGACCCUCCGCCAGAUCCACGAGCAGGGACUCAUCUCCAUACUGGACGUAGAGCCACAGGCCCUGAAGGUCCUGCGGACAGCGGAGUUUGCUCCUUACGUUGUUUUCAUUGCUGCACCAACCAUUACCCCUGGCAUCAAUGAGGACGAAUCAUUGCAGCAUCUUCAGAAGGAGUCAGAAAUUCUCCAGAAGACCUAUGCCCAUUACUUUGACCAGACCAUAAUCAACAACGAGAUAGAUGAGACCAUCAGACACCUAGAGGAGGCUAUAGACCUGGUCUGUACCAACGCACAGUGGAUCCCUGUGUCCUGGGUCUACUGAGGAAAAAACACAAAGCCCUCCUCUCCUCUGCUUUCUCCUCCUCUCCUCUCCUCUCCUCUCCUCUCCUCUCCUCUCCUCUCCUCUCCUCUCCUCUCCUCU